AACGUGGUGUCUGCUGUAAUUCAACGUUUGAAACUCUUAGCAAUGAACGUUUGGUGAAAGAGAAGAAAAUACUAAAUAAGGGGGUGAUACAAAUACGCAGCAAUGGGGGAGUUCAAAGUGCACCGGGUUCGGUUUUUCGACUACAUGCCCACAGCGAUCAGAGCCAUGGCAUUCAAUGCCCACACAGAGAGACUAGCCCUUGCACGAAUGGAUGGGAGUGUCGAGAUUUUCAACUUCACUGACCACUAUUUCCAGGAAAAAGUUAUCCCAGGGAAAGACUCCCGAUCCAUUGAGUCUCUAUGUUGGGUUGGAGGACGCCUUUUCAGUGCUGGCCUGAAUGGCGAGAUCGCGGAAUAUGACCUGGAAAACCUAAGACCCAAGUACUCCCUGGAAGCGUAUGGGGGCCCCAUUUGGACCAUAAUCAGCAAUACUCAAGGGACACAAUUAGCGAUUGGAUGUGAAGAUGGGACAGUGAAGUUGUUUGAAGUACUUGAAGAGCACAUACAGUUUGAGCGCAAUCUGGACAGACAGAAAGGUCGCAUCAUAUCCCUCUCCUGGCACCCCUCUGGCACACACAUCGCUGCUGGCAUGAUGGACAUGAUCCGUGUCUUUGAUGUUCCAACUGGUCAUGCUGUACAGAGGCUCCUGGUGGACCGGGGCUUUGGAGGCUCUAAGAGUCGGGAGACAGUAGUCUGGAGCGUGGCCUUCCUGUCAGACCAUACUGUCGUCAGCGGGGACUCUGCUGGGAAGGUCCAAGUCUGGGAUGGACACACCGGCACGCUUGUCAAAACACACCUGGUGACCAAGUGGGAUGUGCUGGCACUGUCUGUCUCUAAGGAUGAGAGCAGUGUGGUGGCAGGGACGUCAGAAGGCACUGUGAUCCAGUUCCAGUUCAUUGCUCCUACUCUGCAUCAGCAGCAGGACAAGGAGUGGGUCAGAACCAGGACCUUCAAGAACCACACGCAUGAUGUCAGAGCCCUGGCUGAGAUCGAGACUGCCAUCGUCUCUGGAGGCAUGGAUACCCACCUUGUAGUGAGACCCCUUUUGGAGAAGUUUGAGAAGUCACACGCUUCAGGACUUCGGAAGAUCCACUUUCCCCACCGGAAUCUAGUAUCCUGUGCAAAGAAGGCAGGACUACUGCUCUUGCAGUUCCCUGGUCAGCUGGAGCUGUGGAGACUGGGAGAUAGUGAUGGACAUGGGAAGACAGGAGACCGCUUGCCUCUGAAGAGGAAGCCUGAGAAACUCCUCCUUCUGAAGAGAAAGGGUGAAGAUCAUAUCUGCUGCAGUGCCCUGUCCUCCUGUGGAGGAUGGCUAGCUUAUUCCACCGUGUCCUGCGUGCGUAUCUACAGGCUGCAGACGGACAAUAAUAACAUCAGUAUUACCAAGGUAUCCAAACUCCCAAAGGUUCUGCGCUCUGCACACCAGCUCUGCUUCUCCUCGGACUCCUCCAAGAUGUUUGCUGCCUCCAGCCAAUCAUCAGUCCUCGUUAUUGCUCUUACCCAGUCUGAGUGCAAGUAUGUGCACACCCUCAAGCCCAAGUCAGGGUCCAGACAGCCCAUUCACCUAAUGACUACCAGUGUAGAUGGGAAGUGGCUGGCGGCCGCAAAUAGUGACUGUGAGAUCCACGUCUACAAUCUACAGAAACUAAAGCUCCAUUGUAUAGUACCUGUUUAUGGUUCCUGUCCCAGUGCCAUGGGGAUCCACCCCACCACCAACAACCUGACCAUGGUGCACGCUGACCAACAGUUAUUUGAGUACUCUAUAGUGGAGAAGCAGUACACAGACUGGAGCCGAAAGCUGCAGAAGCAGGGGCUCCACAACGUGUGGUUGGACCGGGACACACCCGUCACCCAUGUGACCUUCAACCCGAAAAACCCAAAUCAAGUUGUCCUGCACGACAUGCACAUGUUCUGCAUAAUUGACCAAAGUCUGCCCCUCCCUGACCAGAAGACCCAGUUUUACAAUCAGAUGACCCUCAGGAGCAUAUCAGAGCAGGAGAGGCCCAGUCACCUCCAUGCUUUCAAAAUAUGCAAAACCUUCCAGGACCUGCUGUGUGUGAGCCUGUUGGAUGACCAGUCUCUGGUGGUGGUGGAGCGCCCUCUCCUGGCCAUCACAUCUCAGCUGCCUGCUCCAGUCCGACAGAAAAAGUUUGCCACAUAAACAUGGAGGAGAAGUGUGUUUUUAUGUUUGUCUGUGGCUGCACUUCAAUUCUCUACCCUUCUCCCUGAGGUAGACAUACAUUCAUUGGAUUUUAAAAGAAUGCCAUUUCAGGGAGCAGGGGAGGGAAUCGGAACACAGCCUGUGUCUUCACCCCUGACCCAUGCUUUGUAAAGACUGUUUGAUACGUUAAUAAAUUAAAUAUUUA